AUGUACGCGUGGUCGCCGAUAGUCGCUAAGAGUUUGCUAUAACCUUGAAAAACAAGAUUACAUUGCAUCUCUAGAGCGGGUGGUGCCAACCUUGAGAGCGACAGAAAUGCCGCCUGACUGCCAUCAACUGGCCGUCAGGGCAGGAGGGGAAAGCUUGUCGCUUGACAAGCUUCGACUCAAAACGCUCCUUGGGCGAGGCGGGUUUGCUGCGGUAUGGCUGGCCGAGUACGCGGGCCAGGAGGUGGCGGUCAAGGUGAACCUGCCGGCGGGGGCCGGCGGCACCAUGGCGGUGGUGCCGCAGGAGGUGACCCAGAUGUUCCUGCGGGAGGCGGAGGUGACGGGCAGCCUGGCGCACAGGCACAUCAUCCGUUGUCUGGGCACGCUGGAGCUGCCGGCGUCCUUCCACCUCCCGGGGCUGGAGAGGGAGGGGCUGGCCACACGCCGCCCGGAGCCGUCCGCGGCAAUGGUCUUGGAGCUGUGCGAGCCCACUUCCGCCAAGCACCUGAUCGUGCGCGCCAUCAUCUCCGGCCGGACCAAGGCCUACAGCACCGCACAGGCCCUGCAGUGGUGCGAACAGGUGGCUGAGGCGCUGGCGUACCUGCACCGCCAGAAGCCGUGCAUCAUCCACCGCGACGUCAAGCAGGAGAACAUCCUGUUCCAGCGGCGCGGUGGCGGCACACAGCUGGAGGCCAAACUGGCGGACCUGGGGCUGCAUGUGGCCAUCGAAAUGGACCGCAAGGUGAUGUUGCGCCGCCGUUCCGUCACCGCCGGCUCCUCAAUGAGCGGAACCGCCGCUCCCACCAGCGGCGGCGGCAACGACAGUGGCGUCUUGCCGUCACGUGGCCCCAGCGCCAACGGCGGAGGCGGAGCCGGCGCCACCGGCCCAAGCACGCCCCCGUCAGCGCUCGCCAGCGGCGUCAAGGGCGGACCUUCUGCCUCACAGCUCCUCCCCGGCGCCGCCGGCAUUAUUACCAUGAUUGCAACCGCCCCAGGCGGCCGCAUCAGCGCCACCGGCGCCGCCUCCGGCUCUAGCAAAGUGGCGGCGUCGCCAUUCCUGACCAUCAGCCCAGGCGCCUCCCCGGCCCAGAGCCGCACCCCCAGCGCCAACGCCCUGGGCUCGCGGCCGGGGUCGUCAUCCACGGCGCCGCCACAGGCACAGGCGGUGCCGGCGGGCAGCGGCAAGGCGCUGCUGGCGAAAGCUUCACAGGUGCACCGGCAGGAACAGCAGGAGCAGCAGAAACAGCAAGGCAAAGCGGGGAUGGCUGUGCCGGAGUCGCCCUGGGCCCUUGGGUUGGGCCUGCCGCAGAAGGCGCUGGCGGAGGCCGCGGCAGUGGGCGCGGCAGAGUCUGAGGCAGGCCCGCAAGCCGCCCAGCUGGACAGCAGCCGGACAGCAGAUGCGGCAACGGCACAGGCAAAGCGACAGGCUGCUGUCAGUUCCAGCGUGGCUGUGGCGGCCACCACGAAUACUGGCGCUCGGACUGGGGGCGACGACGGGGCCGCCGGCCCACCUGCAGCGCCGGCGGCGGCAGGGGCGGGCUCCGGUAUGACGACCUUCACCAGCUGCACUCCUGCCACGUCGGUGGGUGUGGAGGAUGUGGAACUGCUGACAGCAACGGCGGGGGCGCGGAAACCGGGCUCAGCGGCGGCAGCGGCGCCAGAUGCAGCCGGCAGCGGGAGCCCUAAUGGCGCCGGCGCCGGCGCCAGCAGCGGGGCGGCGUCCCGGCCUGCGUCCGGCAAGCAGGCCGCGUUGGACCAGCUGGCCCUACCCGGCGGUGCCUCACUGCUGCCGGCGGGCGGCACCCACGCCGGCAGCGGCGACGGCGCCGUCGAUGGAAGCCCUGGCGGCGAGCUUAGCGACGCCGACAGCGGCCACGGUGGCCAAGGACCGCCGUUCCGGUCACCAUCAGCGUUGCGGUCGCGCCUGCUGACGCCCGCCGGGCCCACUGCCCUAGUUAUCACAGAAGAAGAGGAGGAGGAGGAGGAGCAGGAGGAGGUGGAGCAGGCCGGCGCCUGUGACACUACCAGUGCCUUUGCCUCGCAGGCAGCAGCCGCAGUAGCUGCAGCCGCGGUCAGCGAGGCGGAGUGCGGCACAGCUGCAUCCAGUGCUGCCCAAAGCCCCUCCUCCGAACGGGCAGGCGACGCCACCACCGCUGGAGUAAACAGCGCCCAGCACAGCCCUACCGCGGCCGCGGCCACGCCGGCGGCGGGCGCGGCGGCGGGCGCGCUGUCUGAGGCUCGGUCGGGAUCGCUGCAGCAGCCGAUGGCGGCCGCCCUGCACAAGUCGCGGUCGCUCAAGCAGCGGGCGUCAGGGGGGCCUGGCGGCGGCAGAGCCUCGGCUGACGUGGCGCUGGUGACGCCGUUCGCCAGCGCCGUGCCCAUCGCCACGCCGCCGGGCAGUGUCGGCGGCGCCACACCCACGCCUGGCAGCAGUGCCGGGGGCGCCAGUAAUGGCAACGGCAAUGGCAACGGCAACGGCAACGGCAGCGGCGAGCAGGGGCCGCUGCCGCUGCACACGUCGGAGAGCCUGGGGACCAUGCUGGCCCGCCGGCCCAGCCUGGUGACUCCGGUGGACAGCAGCGCAGCGCGGUCGGGUCUGCGCGCGGUGCGGUCGCUGCUGCAGCAGCUGGGCAAGCGGGAGCUGCGGCCGCUGCGCAAGGGCGACCUGGAGUGGGUGUACGGCCUCACGGGGCGAGCAGGCAGCUACAUGUACAUGGCGCCCGAGGUGUGGAACCGGAUGCCUUACAAUGAGAAGGUCGACGUGUUCAGUUUCGGAGUGGUCAUGUACGAGCUGCUGUCGCGCGACCUGCUGCUGAUCAGCCACAUGAACACCAGCCGCGCCGCCCAGCUCGGCAUCAAGACACCGGCGGACUACGUCGCACAGGUGAGCAAAGGCUACCGCCCGCCGCGCCCUGCGCGCCUGACCAGUGACGCGGCCUGGGCCCUCAUCUCCGACUGCUGGCAGGACGACCCGGUGCAGCGGCCCGACAUGGACACCGUGCUGGUGCGGCUGCGGGAGCUGACUCGCAGCGAGAUGGGCGGUGGCGCCGGCGGCCGCAGCAGCUGGCGACGCGACAUCGGCAAGCGGGUUGAUGAGGAGGAAAACGAGGCGGCAGCGCGGGCGCCUGCAGCGGGCACUGGCGGGGCCAAGCCUUCGGACGGCUGCCGCUGCACUAUCUCAUGAGCGCUUGCCCAGCUGUCAAAGGCACCAACAGCGGCGCCCGCAUGGGACAGCCUGCGCUCAGGACUGCAGACGGCAGGUGUGGGGCUAAGCGGCACAGUAGACAGCGCUGUGGCAUGCGUGAUCCAGGCGGUGGCUGCACCGCUGCGUUCUGGUGCCGGAGGUUGUUGCUGUGUGCCGUCCAGGGCUCAUCAGGCGCGGCACGCCCCAUUAAUGAACACGACUGCUAUAAUCGCGCUGCUAUCUGCGUUGGUAAUGUUUCCUGCCAUUAUAACACGUCUACUUACGGUAUCGCGAACUUAUGAUCCCACACUUGAACCCGGCGUGGCGCCAUUGGCACUGCUUGCACACACACGAACACAUGUACAUCAGCAUACUUACGUGGGACCUUAGCGCGCCUCGCUUGUUACUGACAUUGUGCGUUAUGCAUGCGCAUUGUUACUGCAUCUUUCCGUGUCGAACCACUCUUGGUCUGGGUGCCGGAAUCUGCCGGAGUAGGUCCGCUGCAUUAUUGUUAUCCUCGAGAGUGUUCGUGAGGGCGUGCGAGUGUGUGUGUGUGUGUGCAUGUGUGACAACAACGGAGUAACGUUGUCGUAUGUGGUUGCCGGCCACUUCUUUUAGGUGAGUGCAAGUGCAUGGGUGCCGGGCAAGGGACAGCGCGUCAAAAUCUCUCCCUGCCUGCUUGGCAGGUAGGGCCGGGUCAACAGGGACGGAAGUACGGAUGUGUUAGAUGGCAUUACGGGCAGGUGUGUGUGGAGGCAGAGCUCAUCCCACGGCACUUGCAAUAGAGGCGUUGGGUACAGCCACACAUGCUCUACCGACAAUUGCGGUGGAAUGGCCACACGGCCAUGGCUGUGCCGCUGCUUGCAACCGGGUUCUCUGUUCUCUGGCCACGUCUGGCCUCCUGUUGAGUGCGGGCGUGGAUGUAGUAUACGUGCUAGUUUGACAAGUGGAUACUAUCUAUUUUGUGGAUUUGUCAUCACAUAGACGGGAGAGUCAUGGACAGGGAAGGGUCCCGACAUAUGUCCACGGGCGAGCACUGGCGCAAGGAGUGUGGGUUUGUGUGGGGCUGCAUUGGCCAAACUGCCCGAGUGAGACGCGUACGGAGGAAGCGUCCUCCUUUAUUCACACACCUGUAUCCUUCACAUGAAUGUAUUGUAUAAACUAUUUCGUGUACGUGUGAGCGCACACUGUUGGACCUGUAAUUCGGAUGAUGG